AUGUCGGUUAGUGUUAUUAGAAGUAAGAGGGUAGUGGUUGGUAAUGAAGUGCGUCCUGCUGUCAUUGUCCUUAAAGAGGGUAAAAUACAACAAAUACUCUUCCCAAGCAGCUUUACUGAGGAUGUUGGCUGUGAGGUGUUAGAUGUGGGUGAAAGCGUGGUGAUGCCAGGUAUCGUAGAUUGUCAUGUUCAUGUAAAUGAACCGGGACGUACCUCUUGGGAGGGCUUCUGGACUGCCACGAGGGCUGCUGCAGCUGGAGGUGUGACGACAAUCGUGGACAUGCCCCUAAACUCUAUCCCACCAACCACGACACUUGAAAAUUUUCACGAGAAGCUAAAAGAAGCAACGGGGAAGUGUUUUGUCGAUACAGCCUUCUGGGGAGGUGUGAUCCCUGGAAAUCAGCUGGAGCUUCGGCCCAUGAUCCAGGCCGGUGUGGCUGGUUUCAAGUGUUUCCUCAUCCAUAGCGGUGUUGAUGAAUUCCCCCAUGUGACGGAUUGUGAUCUCCACACAGCUAUGAAGCAACUACAAGGCACAGGAAGUGUCCUCCUGUUUCAUGCAGAGAGGGAUGUUCAUCAAACAACAGAGGACACUGGUGACCCUUCACACUACUCUACCUUUCUGCAGUCCAGACCAGAUGUCAUGGAGAUAGAGGCCAUUCGCAUGGUCACAGAACUUUGUCUGCAGUACCGGGUCCGAUGCCAUAUUGUUCACUUGUCUUCUGCAAAACCACUGAAACUGAUCAACGACGCCCGGCAGGCUGGGGCCCCUCUGACAGUGGAAACUACCCACCAUUACCUCAGUCUUUGUGCAGAAAACAUACCUGAAGGAGCCACACAGUUUAAGUGUUGUCCUCCAAUCCGAGGCUUUGCUAACCAAGAGCAGUUAUGGUCUGCAUUGAAAGCUGGACAGAUUGACAUGGUGGUAUCUGACCACUCUCCCUGCACACCUGAUCUUAAGAAACUGGACAGCGGCGACUUCACACAGGCUUGGGGAGGCAUUUCAUCACUGCAGUUUGGCUUGCCUCUGUUCUGGAGUUCAGCCAGAGAGAGGGGUUUUCUGCUACCUGAUGUUGUGAGGCUCCUCAGCCAAAAUACUGCCCAACUGUGUAGCCUUGGAAACAGGAAGGGUAGUCUCGCCCCCGGCUUUGAUGCAGAUUUGGUCAUAUGGGAUCCAGACAGAGAUUUUGAGAUUGACGAAGAAAGCAUACAUCAUAAAAACAAGAGGGGCGGUCCAGCUGAGGGUGUUACUUUUCUUUUCUCCUUAGCUCUUGCGGCCUUUACUUUCCUUGCGAUUGAGAACAUGUCACCCAUCUCCAUACCACCACCGAAAUGCCUGCAGAAACCAAUGGUGAUUCCCCAUCGUCACAUGUUUGGACCAGGACCAUCCAAUGUUCCUGCGCGCAUCCUGGAAGCUGGAGCCAAGCCUGUCAUUGGACACAUGCACCCAGAGAUAUUUGAGAUAAUGAAUGACAUCAAAAGUGGAAUCCAAUAUAUGUUCCAAACUCAAAACAAGAUGACUUUAGCUGUGAGUGGCACGGGCCACACUGCAAUGGAGUGUGCCAUCUUCAACGCUGUGGAACCUGGGGACAGUGUGCUGGUAGCAGUUAAUGGUAUCUGGGGAGAGCGGGCAGCAGAUAUGGCGGAGAGAAUAGGUGUCAAUCCAAUAGGUGCCAGAGUAAAUACAAUUGUGGCGCCGCCUGGUGGCUACUUGACCAACGCAGACAUUGAGAAGGCUUUAUCAAAGCACAGGCCAGUGUUGUUCUUCCUCACACAUGGAGAAUCUUCUACAGGGGUCUUGCAUCCUAUGGAUGGCAUCGGAGAGUUGUGCCAUAAGUAUAACUGCCUUUUUCUUGUUGACUCUGUGGCUUCAAUAGGAGGGGCACCUCUCUGCAUGGAUCAGCAAGGCAUUGACAUCCUGUAUACGGGCUCCCAAAAGGUUCUGAAUGCUCCUCCGGGAACGGCACCCAUUUCAUUUAGUGAGAGAGCAUGUGAAAAGACAUUCAAUCGGAAAACAAAGCCUGUGUCAUUCUUCUUGGAUUUGAGUUGGCUUGCAAACUACUGGGGAUGUGAUGACAAGUCAUCAAGAGUAUAUCACCACACGGGUCCAGUCACUGCUUUUUACACCUUGAGGGAGAGCCUAGCUGUCCUUGCAGAGGAGGGCCUGGAAAAUUCCUGGAUAAGACAUCAAAAUGUGGCAGAGUAUUUCCACGCUAGCCUGGAGAACAUGGGUCUCAAGCUUUUUGUCAAAGAAAAGCACGCAAGACUACCUACAGUCACCACAAUUAUUGCCCCUCAUGGAUAUGACUGGAAAGAGAUCACGGGCUACAUCAUGAAAACUCACAAUUUAGAAAUUUCUGGAGGCCUGGGACCAUCAGUUGGUCUGGUGUUGCGUGUGGGACUGAUGGGAUGUAACAGCAGCAAGGCCAAUGUUGACAUGGUGCUGGUGGCACUGAAAGAUGCUCUGAAACACUGUCAUAAGAGCAAAGUGUAACAUGCAUCUCUUUGAUUAUGUUAAAGCAACUGUGAUUCAAUGAUACUGUCACUUGAGGAUAACAGUGUCAGAAAUAAAUGUUUUUUCCUGGAAACCACCUUGUUGGAGUUUAUCUUACAUGGGUUGUAUAAAGGAUGGUGGCCAUGUGCCUGGA